GCGACGCCGGGAAGAAGAAUCGGCGACCAGAAAAGAAGCGAGGGCCGACGUCGAGGGCGAUUGAAGGCGUCGAGCGAACUGUGGAGCGGAAGGUCGAUGGGUCGAGGUCGUGGCAGCACUCGGGAAACACUGCGCUGCUCGUGAAGGAGGAAGCAAAGAGGCUUGCAGGUGAUCGCUGUGUGCUUUAGCGAGCGGGGGAGCGAGCGGCAGCGAAGGUAGAGCUCUUCUUAUGGAAGGGACGCUUAGCUGUCGUGGAAAUGCUCAGCAUCCGCGCGUAACGCACUGGCGUCUGCAUCAUUGAUUGAUCGAUCGAGGCCGGGGGUCCAGCGAAUUUCAGUGUCGGGGAGCAAUUAUCCUUCCAAGGAAAGACGAGAAGUUCGGUCUUUUGAUUCGAGUCCACGAGACGAGUACAGGAAAAGAUGUCGGGCGGCUACACGAGCUUAGGAUCCGAGGCCGUGUCUGGAUCAGUUCCUGUUGCAGCUGCUGGUCCAGAUCACCGACUGCAGUUUCAAGAAUCUAGCUUGCAAACUUUUCCUCCCAAUGACACCCGGGGCAAAGUUACAGGGACAUUCCAACCUCCACGAGAUGCUGAUGACACGUUUUCAAAACCCGGGCCAGGAGGACAAGGAAAUGAUGGCGCGCCAUCUUCGGGUUUAAUGGGUCUCUUCAGUGUCGUGUCUUACCGUCCCUACUUCAACGUCGACACACAAGAUGUCUUGGACAGGAUCAGGGACUCUCUUUUCCCAUUCAGAGGCGACUUCGUGGAGAAGACCAGCCACAACCCUGACAUGUACGGGCCCUUUUGGAUCUGCUCGACUCUGGUCUUUUUGACUGCAGCUAUAGGAAACUUUGCAGCUUACCUAGCACACAAGACCAGUGCCGAUGGCAGCAGCGCUUGGCAUUACGAUAUAAACCAGGUUACUUGGUCGGCUGGCCUCUUUUAUGGUUAUGUAGGAAUAGUGCCGUUGGCGCUCUACUUCCUUCUCAAGUACUUGACUGUUACCUCCGGCUUAGUGCAGCUAUGGUGCCUAUAUGGAUACUCCCUAUUCAUCUUCAUUCCAGCUUCGUUCUUUUCGAUUGUGCCAGUUGAAAUAAUUCGCUGGGUUGCAGUAGGCCUUGCGGGAGUUAUGUCUGCACUAUUUUUGGCGAUUAAUAUCAGGUCACACAUUAAGACCGCAAGUGAACGGUGGUUUCUGAUCGUGACGGGGUCUGCAGCAGUGCAAUUAGGGCUGGCUCUGAUCAUCAAGUUGUAUUUUUUCACUUUCUUUUAUCAGGAUAAAUUGCCAGUCUGAGCAAAUUCACUUUAAAUACAUCCUACUCAGUUCUUACUCAGGUCAUUGAUUAACUGUCCAGGGUUUGUACCUCUAUACAGCAGACGUUCCUAGUGUAGUGUUAAGUAUCACUUGGAUGUGAGCAGCAGAAAUUUUGUGAAUUUUCAAUUCUAAGGAGGAGUUCGCAGUCUUGCUGCAAGGCUCAUUAAAGCCACUGAGUGCUGCUCACUUUCGUGUCUUCUAUCCCAUGUAAACUUUUUACAAAAGAUAACACAUCAGUCCGCUUCUGCAGAGAUGUUUGUUUUU